AUGAUGUAAUAGAUUAAAUAAUACUACAAAUUAGAAGAAUUUUUAAACUCUUAACUCUAAUCUCAUUAGGUUCUCCAUAUUAGUCUGAACAACUAAUCAAUUGAUGCAAUUGGCGCAUCGGACUUAGAUUCUGCUUUAGCAAAUUGCACUAAUCUCUAAAAUUUGACACUUAACCUUAGUGGCAAUUAAAUUGGUGCAAUUGGUACAUCUGGUUUAGGUUCCUCUUUAGUAAAUUGCUCUAAUCUCUCUAAUUUGACACUUAUACUUAUUGGCAAUUAAAUUGGUGCACUUGGUGCAUCAGGUUUAGGUUCUGCUUUAGCAAAUUGCACUAACCUCUCAAAUUUGGCAAUUGAUCUUAGUUGCAAUGAUAUUCUUGAUGAUGGUGCAUCAGGUUUAGGCUCUUUUUUAGUAAAUUGCACUAAACUUUCAAAUUUGACACUUGAUCUUAGUUACAAUGAAAUUGGUGCAAACGGUGCAUUGUGCUUAGGUUCUGCUUUAGCAAAUUGCACUAAUCUCUCAAAUUUGGCUCUUGAUUUUUGUGGUAAUGAAAUUCGAGCAAUCGGUGCAUAAGGCUUAUGCUCUGCUUUAGCAAAUUGCACUAAUCUCUCAAAAUUGGCACUUAAUCUUCGUGGAAAUUAAAUUGGCACAAUUGGUGCAUAAGACUUAUGUACUGCUUUAGCAAAUUACAUUAAUCUCUCAAAUUUGACACUUAAUCUUCGUUAAAACUAGAUCAAUCAAAAAUAAUAAGAAUUGAAAGUAUAAAGUAAGUGUCUUAAAUCAAAAAAAUUAGUUAUCUUUAAAAUUAAAUUCUAGUGA